AUGUUUGCAGGUGGUUGCGGCUUAGGGGUGGUGGCUCGUGACUCGAACGAAAUAUUCUUGUUGGCGGCAGUGAAAAGAAUCAAGGGAGAACAUGAUCCUCAAAUUGGCGAGGCGUUAGCAGCCGAGUUUGGCCUGCAAUUUGCCCGACAGCAUCAGCUGAGAGUCGCCGUACUUGAGACGGAUUGCUUGUCGGUGGUUAACUGCGUCAGAAAUGCGGCUAAUGAUCAGACGGAGUUUGGAGUGGUUUGCUGGAGCAUUCAUCGACUGCUUGAGGAGACAGGGGAUGGAGAGUGUAAGCAUGUUUCUCGGACAGCGAACGAAGCGGCACAUAUAAUGGCGCAUUUGGAUACAAACUGGAAUGUAUCUGAGGUUUGGUUCGACCGACCUCCUAUCUGUUUACUUAACCAGCUGGAGCUGGAUUCUGUAAUGGUUGAUCAUGAUUAA